AUGAGACGGGAGGACUUUGACGGCUACAAGAACCCCAACAGAAACCUGCAGAUCCAGCUCAACACUGACGGGCCUAUUAAGUACAUAGAGGUCCUGGGAGGGGACAUGUUGUCUCAGAGUCAGUCCUUCAGGUCCUGUCUCUCUCCCAUGUCAGAGUUCAGUGAUUUCACCUUCGUUAAGCCCAGCAGCACCACUGACUUUAAGGAGAUGAUCAAUGUCCUAGAUGCAUCUUUACCCGACAGCACCUGGACCUUUGAGAGCCAGCAGGUGAGAAGUGACGUAUAAUGUAUUAUGAUGAUUAAGUUUAUCGAAUGUAGGCUGUUUUAUGACGUAGUAUCAACAUACAGUUUUGUGUUGUAACAUUACACAAAUCAAAGCUUGAUGUUUUGGCAGUAUUUUCAUGACUCUGUAUCUAACAGCCUCCAAUCUGUGAAUAAAUGUACCACUGACAUUUGUGUUCAGUUGUUAUAAUUUAAGCAAUAGGUUAUUUAUUCAGUUGAAAAUAACACAUUUUCAGUAUUCAUCAAAAUGGUGCAAUGGUUCCCUUUAGUUCAAUCCAGAUUAUCUUGUAAUAAUUUAGCAUUCGACAUUGGCUACUGGUAAUGACUAAAAUCCAUACUCGUACAGUUUGAAUGAUUUCAAAAUAUCCUCUGAGGUAGUUUAUCCUGUUGGUUGUAAUCCUUAGAGACCUUAUAAUCUAUAUUAUUACUGUAGUGGGUGUUUUGCGUGAUUCUGUGCCUAUCUGACUGGCUAGUGGACGACUGAGGGUUUCUGCACCAUUGACAGCGACAUUCCCGUUGAAUCAACUUUGUGGUUUUGUGUGCGCGAUGACAUACAGUACCAGUCAAAAGUUUGGACACACCUACUCAUUCAAGGGUUUUUCUUUAUUUUUUACUAUUUUCUACAUUGUAGAAUAAUAGUGCAGACAUUAAAACUAUGAAAUAACACAUAUGGAAUCAUGUAGUAACAAAAAAAGUAUUAAACAAAUCAAAUAUAUUUUAUAUUCUUCAAAGUAGCCACCCUUUGCCUUGAUGACAGCUUUGCACACUCUUGGCAUUCUCUCAACCAACUUCACCUGGAAUGCUUUUCCAACAGUCUUGAAGGAGUUCCCACAUAUGCUGUGCACUUGUUGGCUGCUUUUCCUUCACUCUGCGGUCCAACUCAUCCCAAACCAUCUCAAUUGGGUUGAGGUCGGGUGAUUGUGGAGGCCAGGUCAUCUGAUUCAGCACUCCAUCACUCUCCUUCUUGGUCAAAUAGCCCUUACACAGCCUGGAGGUAUGUUGGGUCAUUGUUCUGUUGAAAAACAAAUGAUAGUCCCACUAAGCGCAAACCAGAUGGGAUGGCGUAUCGCUGCAGAAUGAUGUGGUAGCCAUGCUGGUUAAGUGUGCCUUUUGAGUUCUAAAUAAAUCACAGACAGUGUCACCAGCAAAGCAUCCCCACACCAUCACACCUUCACUGUGGGAACCACACAUGAGGAGAUCAUCCAUUCACCUACUCUGCAUCUCACAAAGACACGGCGGUCGGAACCAAAAAUCUCAAAUUUAGACUCAUCAGACCAAAGGACAGAUUUCCACCGGUCUAAUGUCCAUUGCUCAUGUUUCUUGGCCCAAGAAAGUCUCUUCUUAUUAUUGGUGUCCUUUAGUAGUGGAUUCUUUGCAGCAAUUCGACCAUGAAAGCCUGAUUCACACAGUCCCCUCUGAACAGUUGAUGUUGAGAUGUGUCUGUUACUUGAACUCUGUGAAGCAUUUAUUUGGGCUGCAAUUUCUGAGGCUGGUAACUCUAAUGAACGUAUUCUCUACAGCAGAGGUAACUCUGGGUCUUCCUUUCCUGUGGCAGUCCUCAUGAGAGCCAGUUUCAUCAUAGCGCUUGAUGGUUUUUGUGACUGCACUUGAAGACACUUUAAAAAGUCUAGAAAUUUUCCGGAUUAACUGACCUUCAUGUCUUAAAGUAAUGAUGGACUGUCGUUUCUCUUUGCUUAUUUUUUUAUUUUUUAUUUAACCAGGUAAGCCAGUUGAGAACAAGUUCUCAUUUACAACUGCAACCUGGCCAAGAUAAAGCAAAGCAGUGCGAUAAAAACAACAACACAGAGUUACAUAUGGGGUAAAAAAACAUAAAGUAAAAAAAUACAACAGAAAAUAUAUAUACAGUGUGUGCAAAUGUAGCAAGUUAUGGAGGUAAGGCAAUAAAUAGGCUAUGGUGCAAAAUAAUUACAAUUAGUAUUAACACUGGAAAGCUAGAUGUGCAAGAGAUUAUGUGCAAAUAGAGAUACUGGGGUGCAAAAUAGCAAAAUAAAUAACAAUAUAGGGAUGAGGUAGUUGGGUGGGCAAAUUUCAGAUGGGCUGUGUACAGGUGCAGUGAUCGGUAAGGUGCUCUGACAACUGAUGCUUAAAGUUAGUGAGGGAGAUAAGAGUCUCCAGCUUCAGAGAUUUUUGCAAUUCGUUCCAGUCAUUGGCAGCAGAGAACUGGAAGGAAUGGCGGCCAAAGGAGGUGUUGGCUUUGGGAAUGACCAGUGAGAUAUACCUGCUGGAGCGCAGACUACGGGUGGGUGCUGCUAUGGUGACCAAUGAGCUAAGAUAAGGCGGGGAUUUGCCUAGCAGUGAUUUAUAGAUGGCCUGGAGCCAGUGGGUUUGACGACGAACAUGUAGUGAGGACCAGCCAACAAGAGCAUACAGGUCACAGUGGUGGGUAGUGUAUGGGGCUUUGGAGACAAAACGGAUGGCACUGUGAUAGACUACAUCCAAUUUGCUGAGUAGAGUGUUGGAGGCUAUUUUGUAAAUGACAUCGCCAAAGUCAAGGAUCGGCAGGAUAGUCAGUUUUACAAGGGCAUGUUUGGCAGCAUGAGUGAAGGAGGCUUUGUUGCAAAAUAGGAAGCCGAUUCUAGAUUUAACUUUGGAUUGGAGAUUCUUAAUGUGAGUCUGGAAGGAGAGUUUAUUUGAGCUGUUCUUGCCAUAAUAUGGACUUGGUCUUUUACCAAAUAGGGCUAUCUUCUGUAUACCAACCCUACCUUGUCACAACACAACUGAUUGGCUCAAAUGCAUUAAGAAGGAAAGAAAUUCCAUAAAUUUACUUUUAACAAGGCACACCUCGUAAUUGAAAUGCAUUCCAGGUGAAUAACUUAUGAAGCUGGUUGAGAGAAUGCUAAGAAUGUGCAAAGCUGUCAUCAAGGCAAAGGGUGGCUACUUUGAAGAAUCUCAAAUAUAAAAUAUAUUUUGAUUUGUUUAACACUUUUUUGGUUACUACAUGAUUCCAUAUGUGUUAUUACAUAGUUUUGAUGUCUGCACUAUUAUUCUACAAUGUAGAAAAUAGUACAACUAAAGAAAAACCCUGGAAUGAGUAGGUGUGUCCAAACUUUUGACUUUUACGCUAUAUAUAUAUUUUUCAGACUAAUUGCAUCUCAGUCAAUAUUUUAUGUGAAGAAAAAGGUGUAUAACGGUAUUUUAAAAAAACGCGUCUCGAUCCACGGGGCUCUAUUAGAAUGGCAAUGUUUUGAAUGUUAGAAUGUCUGUGCACAAUGGAAGAAUAUGCUUUUUUUUAAAUCCUUGUUUACAUGUUUACACAUUAUUCUCUAUACUUCUGGCUGCCGUUCAUAUUUUUUCACAUCAAUAUGGACAGUAUGUUAUGUUGGAAAAUACAGUUACAUUCUCCCUUCUCCCUGUGUGUUGUGAGAGAUAGGGUACUUAUAGAGGCAGGCUGCUGUGGCUUUAAGGAGUCUGUUCUGUUGGUCUGUUAUUGGAUGGUGGAUAUGUGCGCUGUGCACCAAUAGCAUGCAGAACUGUACAAAGAGAUCUACUCCCUCCCCCCAGCCUCAGCACCGUAACCCUUACAAUACUCAGAGCUGGAGGAGAUAGAGGGAUGCGCUCACACAGACGAAUAUAUAAUGUAAUUUAAACACAUUAUCCUCUCCGAUAUCCAAACUUUUGAAUAAUGCUAAAUGGAAUAUUUAUUCUGGAGAUGUAUUUUGAUAUGAAGUUCUUCGUUCUGGACAGUGUUUCAAUAGAAAUUGUGUUAUAACGGAUCAGGGAUGACAAAGACAAUGGGAUACCGAGACUGGAGAUGGCUGGCUCUUUGGUGGCAUCAUUUCUUUCUCUUGUGGAGUACAAUAGACGGACAGACUCGCUACACCAUCCCGGAGGAACUGAAACAGGGCUCUGUGGUAGGAAAUCUAGCCAAAGAUCUGGGUUUGGGACUCUCUGAGAUUACUGACCGUAAGCUACGUGUCGCCUCUGAAGCUGGUAAGCAGUAUUUCAGUGUGGAUGUGGGGAAGGGCGAGCUGGUCGUGAAUGAGAGAAUAGACAGAGAGACUUUAUGCAGACAAAGCGCCAGCUGCGUUUUACCUCUGCAGGUUGUCAUUGAGAACCCGUUACAGUUGCACCGUAUUGAGGUGGAAAUACGAGACAUAAAUGACAAUUCUCCUAAUUUCUUAACAAAAGCUCGAGUUCUGAAAAUGGCUGAAUUGACAGCUGUAGGCGCGCGUUUUCCUAUGGAAAGCGCGGAGGACCACGACGUGGGAAGCAAUUCACUUAAGUCCUACAUUCUUAGUAAAGACGAAUGUUUCAGUUUAAAAGUUAAAGAAAUUGAAGGUGGACGAAAAAUCCCAGAGCUAGUGUUAGAGAAGCCGCUGGACAGAGAGACAAAAGCUGUCCAUGAGCUAUUAUUGACGGCUCUAGAUGGAGGCACUCCCGCUAGGUCUGGAACUUCAAAGAUCACGGUCAAUGUCCUUGAUAAUAACGACAAUAGUCCCGUAUUUCAGAAAGCUGUAUAUAAAGUAAGGGUUAAUGAAAAUAGCGAAAAGGGCACUUCCUUGAUUAAGCUUGAAGCUACUGACUCAGACGAGGGUGUCAACGGAGAGAUAGAAUAUUCAUUCGGCGAGCAUACACUAGAGUCGGUGUUAUCGGUGUUUGAUAUUGAUGCAGUAACGGGGGAAAUGUUUCUAAGAGGGGAAUUAGAUUAUGAAAGUGCAGCUUCUUAUCGUAUAGACAUUACUGCUGUAGACAAAGGCAUCCCAGAAAUGGAGGGACACUGUCGCAUACAGGUAGAAGUAAUAGACGUGAAUGACAAUGCUCCCGAAAUUGUCCUCACCUCCAAACCUAGUCCAGUGCGCGAGGACGCACCCAGUGGCACGGUAGUGGCAUUGAUCAGUGCCCGUGACCUAGACUCCGGGAAUAACGGUAAAGUAACGUUACAUCUUCCAAAAGGCCAUCCUCUCAGUCUGAAACCGUCCUUUUCUGAUAAUUACGCACUGGUCACCAGUGGUGUUUUAGACCGAGAGAGCUUCUCAGAGUAUAAUAUUGUGAUAACAGCCACUGAUUCGGGCUCCCCUCCCCUGACUACUAAGAAAACUAUAUCAGUCAGUAUCAUUGAUGUCAACGACAACCCCCCUAAAUUCAGCCAUACUUCCUAUAAUGUAUAUUUAAAAGAGAAUGGACUACCAGGCUCCAUACUAUCCUCAGUUUCUGCAUCUGACCUGGAUUUUGGGAAUAAUGCCAAGAUCUCCUACUCCAUCCUAGAUUCGAAAGUGCAGGACGUCUCUGUGUCCUCCUAUGUGUACAUGAACUCUGAUAACGGCAGUAUCUACAGCAUGCACUCGUUUGACUAUGAGAAACUGAAGGUGUUUCAGAUUCUGGUGCAGGCAAAGGACCACGGCUCUCCCUCUCUGAGCAGCAUCGCUACUGUCCAUGUUUUUAUCUUGGACCAGAACGACAAUGCCCCCGCUGUUAUUUACCCCUCCCCUGCCCUGGGCUCGCUCUCUCACCAGAAGAUGCCUCGCCCCGCUAAAGCAGGCCACCUGGUUACUAAGGUAACGGCCGUGGACGCAGACUCGGGCCAUAAUGCCUGGAUCUCAUAUAAGCUGGCUGAGGCCACAGACGCGUCUCUGUUCAGUGUCAAUCUUUACACAGGGGAGGUGAGGACUAAACGUGCCGUGUCCGAACAGGACGACUCCUCUCAGAGACUGCUUAUAGAGAUACAGGACGACGGGGAGCCGGUCCAGUCCGCCACGGUUACAGUGACCAUACUGGUAGAUGACGGGCUCCACGAACCCAUCUUGGACCUCCGGCAGAAAAUGCCAGAGCCCAGGAAGAAAAGCGGGAGAAUUACCCUGUAUUUGAUCCUCUCUCUGGCCUCGGUAUCCGUGCUGUCUUUGGUGACUUUUAUCAUCUUAGCGGUCAAGUGCGUUAGAAACAGCAGGAGCAGCGGUAGUUGCUGCAUGAGACGGGAGGACUUUGACGGCUACAAGAACCCCAACAGAAACCUGCAGAUCCAGCUCAACACUGACGGGCCUAUUAAGUACGUGGAGGUCCUGGGAGGGGACAUGUUGUCUCAGAGUCAGUCCUUCAGGUCCUGUCUCUCUCCCAUGUCAGAGUUCAGUGAUUUCACCUUCGUUAAGCCCAGCAGCACCACUGACUUUAAGGAGAUGAUCAACGUCCUAGACGCGUCUUUACCUGACAGCGCCUGGACCUUUGAGAGCCAGCAGGUGAGAAUUGACGUAAGCCGAUAG